AGCGUCUUCUUUCACCUAAAUGACUCCAGCGUGACCGUGCUGCCCAUGGAGCCGGGCUCACAGCACCUCUCUGGUGAUCUCUGGAGCGCAGCGAUUCCUCCUCUUCGCUCCAAAAGCAGCAGCUGAGCAGAAAGCACGCAGUAGGAUAACAAAACCGGUACCCCAGCAUCCACUGAUCAUGUCCUCACCGAAGCAAAUGGAUGAUGCAAAAGUGAAAAGAGGAAUUGUGAUUCAAGACGACUGGCCCGGCUACCACCUGGAUCUGUUCACCUAUCCUGAACACUACCACGAUGACAUUGAGAACGUUUACAUCCCUCACGGAGUGAUCAUGAACAGAGUAGAGCGCCUGGCCCGCUACGUCAUGGAGGACUUUGAGGACAGUAAGAUCAUGGUGCUGUGCGUCCUGAAGGGAGGCUACAAGUUCUGUGCAGAUCUGGUGGAGUCCAUCAAGGUUCUGGGACGCAGCUCCAGCCGGUACCUGGAGACGCGGGUGGAGUUCAUCCGCCUGAAGAGCUACCUGAACGACCAAUCAACAGAGGACCUGCACAUCAUCGGAAGCAGUGAUCUGUCUUUUCUACGUGGGAAGAGUGUGCUCAUUGUUGAGGCCAUAGUCGACACAGGAAAGACCAUGAAGGCUCUUCUGAAGCAUGUGGAGACCUUUGAGCCAAAGAUGGUCAAGGUCGCGGGUCUGCUGGUGAAGAGGGUCUCUAACGUGGCUGAAAGUCUGACAGACUAUGUUGGAUUUGAAAUCCCCAAUCGAUUUGUGGUCGGCUACGCCUUGGACUACAAUGAAUACUUCCGUGAUCUGAAUCACAUCUGCGUCAUCAGCAAAAGUGGAAAGAUGAAGUACAAGAUUUAGAGAAUUAAAGCGAUUAAUUGUGCACGGUUUUAGCAGGGCAUCGUAAAUAUGUUGUCAGCGAUGUUCGAAGGUGUGGUUAUGUUUUAACUUUCUGCCAUUUUUUUCCCCAUAAAUUUCCAUGUGGUUCAGAUAAAUUGUAUUUGUUAGUAGGUAAUAUAACGUGACAGUGGUCUGAAAAGUAUUUGCACCUUCUGUAUUAACCAUUUUUUGUGACACUUGCAGUAAAUAUUUUCAGAUGAUCAAACAAAUUUUAGUAUUAGACAAAGAGUAGAUACAUCUAAAUAAUGAGAUUGUGGCUCAAUGGGUAUAUUUUUGAGAUCCUUUAGCCUACGUUGUUCUAUUUAAGUGGCCAGGUUGUGAUCAGGUAUGGGUGUGGCUGAACUUUAACCAAAAAUGUGGUUCAUCUCAGUUAAUUCACAAUUAAACAAAGUGGGGACUUAUAUUUUCACACACAGCCAGGUUGGUUUUCCGCUUAUUCAAAUGAUAAAAUCAUUUGAAUACCACUUUAUGUAGUCACUUAGGUUAUCUUUGUCUAAUAUUUAACAUUUGUUUGAUGAUCUUAAACAUGUAAAUGUGCCAAAAAUAGAACAAAUCUUUGCCGGGACACAAAAAACAUUUUUCACAGCCAUGUAUUUUAAGAAAACAAACCGAUGGUAAAAUUGGUGUGAUCCAAUCCCUGUCACCAUUGCUUUUUUGAGAUGAGCGCAG